AUGCCAGCCUUCAAAGGCGGACCAGCCCUUCCCAAGCGAUCCGAAACGAUCUCGUCUCCUCCUACCACCUCUCCCACGGCCGCUGGCAAGCGCAAGCCCGUCACCACGCCUCUGCUCUCCAACCCUUCCGACGAGAUCGACACAACGGACGUCUUCAACGAGUUUAUCAAAGCCGAGCCGCACGACGCGAGCUCCACCAUCGCCGGCACGGAUGACGACGAGGUGGACGUCAAGCCUUCGCUCAAGGUGAUCGACGGUAGCGAUGUCGCCUUGCCCGUCUCGGACAUUCGCUCCACCGCCCAGGCUGAUGCGGACGAACAGGAUGACGAGCAGGAGCCUCCUCGCAAGACCCGCAAGACGGGUUCCAAGGAGAGCGCCACCCCCGUCAAAACUGAGCCCGGUACUCCGACCAAGAAGGGCCGCGCCAAUGCCGCCGCCAGCAGCCCCAGCAAGAGCGCUCCCAAGACGCCGCCCAAGAAGGCCGUCUCGGCCCCGACCACUCCCAAGAGCGGCGAACCCGCUAGUGCUUGGUCCGCCGAGCACUGGGACGACCUCAACUUUGCCAUCCUCAAGGUCCUCCACGAUCACGCCUCGGAGCUGUACGAUGCGAGCCCCAGCCUCAACCCCUGGCGCGUCAAGGGCCGUCUGCUCGUCAAGCUGCGCUCGAUGCUCAAGGACGCCCCGGGCGGCGAGGUGGCCAGCAAGCGCUGGGACGCGGACAAGCCUACGCGCGGCAAGAACUCGCCCAAGAAGAAGUGA